AUGCGGUGGUGUCUUUCUUUUCUUCUGUUCUGCUUUUUGGCGGUUGUCCACGCCUUGAGUAGCUCGGGCAAUCGUUUAGUGGUGAUUCUCGAGGAAGCGGCUGAGAAGGAGCUCUAUUCCAGCUUCUGGAGCGACCUGCAAGCUCGCGGAUACACAAUCUCGUUCGAAUCGCCCAAGAACAGCAAAUUCUCUCUGUUCCAACAUGGCGAGAAGGCUUACGACCACCUACUUAUCCUCCCUCCCAAAUCGAAAGGCUUUGGACCUUCCUUGAGCGCCAAGAACAUCAUCGACUUCAUGAACAAAGACGGCAACGUCCUCCUCGCCCUCUCCGGCAAGACUACAACACCAAGCGCCAUCAGCUCGCUAUUGCUGGAAUUCGACCUCCACCUGUCUAACGACCGUUCGUCCAUCGUUCUCGACCACUUCAACUACGACACUGUCUCCGCAUCGGAAAAGCACGACGUCCUGCUUCUCCAAAGACCGGGCCAGUUGAGACCCGACACUAAGGCCUUCUUUGACGGCGAAGGCGUCCUAGCUCUCCCUAGGGCUAUCCCGCAGACUCUCGGAGACUCCAGCAACAUCGUCACUCCUAUCCUACGGGCUCCGGUUACCUCGUACAGCUACAACCCCAAGGAGGAAUCGUUCACUCCGGAAGAUGUCUCGGCAACUGGCUCUCAGCUGGCUCUUGUUUCGGCCAUGCAAGCCAGAAACUCAGCUCGCUUUGCUGUUCUGGGAUCUGUGGAAAGCUUGGAGGAUAAGUGGUUCUCGGCUAGUGUCAAGGCGCCUAAGGACAAGAAGGAAGCCAAGACGGCCAACCAGGAGUUUGCGAAGCAAUUGACAUCGUGGACCUUCAAGGAGACCGGUGUGCUGAAGGUUGGAAAGAUCGAGCACCACCUUGCUGAGGAAGGAGAGAUCACUUCCGAGCAGUUGAACCCCUCUCUCUACCGUAUCAAGAACGAGACUGUCUUUAGCAUCGAGGUCUCCGAGUACGUUAACGACAGAUACGUUCCCUUCGAGGUUCCCGGCGAGGAUGCUCUGCAGCUCGAAUUCACCAUGCUCUCGCCUUUCCACCGCCUCACUCUCCAACCGUCCCUCCGAACGGAAACCAGCACUGUGUACAGCACGCGCUUCACCAUUCCUGACCAGCAUGGAAUCUUCUCCUUCCGUGUCAACUACAAGCGUCCCUUCUUCACCAACAUCGAGGAGAAGCACGAAGUUACCGUCCGCCAUUACGCGCACGACGAGUACCCCCGCAGCUGGAGAAUUAGCGGCGGAUGGGUCUGGAUCGGAGGUCUCUGGUCUGUGAUUGGCGGAUUCCUUCUCUUUGUUGUUGUAUGGCUCUACUCUGAGCCAUCUCCUGCUGCGGCUAAGAACAAGAAGACGCAGUAA